AUGAAGCUGUUGUCUUCUGGCAGUCGAGCGUCGUUUCGCCCAAGCUGGCUGGAAGAGGCGACAACAAGCUGUGGCUUAGUCAGUCAAACUCGUCGAUGCUUAUGUCAGCAGUGCCCUUCCGCGACGAGACCGGACGAAACGCGAUCGCAAGGAGAGAGCGUUGAUGAAGACGAAGAAGAAGACGAAGAAGAAGAAGAGUUGGUUGGUGAUCCCAUCUUGCACUGGAGACAGCUUUUCACCAUCCACAACAGCCACUGA